CCGGAGAUGAGAAAAUGGCCACCGCCAUCGCCCAAGCCGGGACUCGAGGGUCGCUGACGUUCGAGGACGUGGCCGUGACCUUCAGCCCCGAGGAGUGGACGAAACUGGGGCCCGCCGAGCGCCGCCUCUACUGGGACGUGACCCUGGAAAACUACCGGAACCUCCUCUCCCUCGAUGGCGAAAGCCCAGCCGAAGCCGGCGAGCCCGUUCCCCGGAAGCCGGAGGGGGACGGGGAAGCCGUUUUCCAGAAGCCGGAGGGGGACGGGGAAGCGGUUCCCCGCGGGGCGGCCUCCCGGACCGGGCCUUCCGCGGAGGGACGGAGCCGGAGAAGAGUUCCCGGCCGGGAUGCCGGCUUGGGGGUCCCCGGGGAGCCCCGUGGGAAGCCCUCCCCGGGGCCUCACAGCUGCAAGGAGUGCGGGAAAGCGUUCAGUCGGCGCUCCACCCUCGUCACGCACCGGAGGAUCCACACCGGAGAGAAACCCUACCGGUGUCCCCAGUGCGAGAAGGCCUUCAGCGACCGCUCGGUGCUCGUGACCCACCGGCGGGUUCACACCGGGGAGAAGCCCUACCGGUGCGGCGAGUGCGGGAAGGCGUUCGGCCAGCACUCGGCCCUGACGAAACACCGGAGGAUCCACAGCCGGGAGAAGCCCUACCGCUGCGGCCACUGCGGCGGGGCCUUCCGGGAUUCCUCCACCCUCGUCAAGCACCGGCGGGUCCACACGGGAGAGAAGCCGUACGGGUGCGGCCAGUGCGGGAAGGCCUUCGGGCAGCGCUCCGUCCUCGUCAACCACCGGCGGAUCCACACCGGGGCCCGGCCCUACGGGUGCGACCGGUGCGGGAGGGCCUUCGGCGAUCGCUCGACGCUCGUCAACCAUCGCAGGGUUCACACCGGAGAGAAGCCCUACGGGUGCGGCGAGUGCGGGAAGGUCUUCGGGCAGAACUCGGCCCGGACCAGGCACCGGAGGAUCCACGGCGGGGAGAGGCCCCGGCGCCGCGGCCGGCGUGGCGAGGCCUUCGGCGACCGCUCCGUCCCGGCCGCGCGCCGGAGGAGUCGCGCCGACGGCCGCGGCGGCCGCGGGAAGGCUUUCGGCGACCCUCCGACCCUCGACGGACGCCGGAGGGUCCGCACCGGGGAGAGGCCCUACCGGGGCGACGACGACGACGGCGGCGGCGGGAAAGGCUCCGGUCAGGGCUCGGGCCUGGUGAGCCGCCGGAGGAUUCGCGCCGGAGAGAAGCCGCACGUGUGCGCCGAGUGCGGGGAGGCUUUCGGUCAGGGCUCAACCCUCGUCAACCACCAAAAGGUUCACAACGGGGCCGGAGUCCACGGGCGUGGAAAGGCGUUCGGCCAAACCGCGGCCGGUCCCCGGAGAACUCACGCGGAAGCAAAAUCCCCCCUGUAGCAGUUCUCAGUGGCGACGUUCUUGCGGAAAUUUACUCACCUACCUUUGCUUCCCCGGGCCUCGGUUCCCUCGUCUGU